CUAACAUAUGUGAUAUGUCACCUCAUCUCCAACAUUAAUCUUCCUUACAUCCGAUCGGAUCUAUCUGUUCUCCUCUCACUGCACCCGCCAUUUUCGCCCUUCAUGUUUAAUUCUAGUUUUGUACGUUGAUAUUAUCAAUUAGUUUACUCUAAUUAACACUCAUCUCUUCCGUCAAAGACAGCCCAACAUGGUUCCGUUUGUUCUCAUGGGUUUUCCGAAGCUGAAGUUUUUUAUGUUUUUUAUGUUUUUUAUGGUUUUGGUUCCAUGGCCAUGGGUAAGCUCCUUGAAUCGCGAUGCAGCCAUUUUGCUCCGAGUCAAAACCAGUCAACUCACCGAUUCCACUGGUCAACUCAAUGACUGGGUAGAUUCCGCUCCCGGCGCGCCGUGUAAUUGGACUGCCAUUACCUGUGAUGUCCGGACUCAAGCCGUCGUCUCUAUUGACUUCUCUAACUUCGGCCUCUCCGGCCGCUUUCCGGCGGACCUUUGCCGGAUUUCUACCCUUCGCACGCUCAAUCUCACCAAUAACAACUUCGGCGAUUUUAUCUCGUCGGAUUCCUUCUCCCUGUGUUCACAUCUAGAGAGUUUGGACUUGACUUUGAACUUGUUUGUCGGAGAGCUGCCGGAGUUUCUGACGGAGUUCACAAACCUCACCACGCUCGUCCUCGGUGGGAACAAUUUCACCGGAGAAAUUCCGGCCAGCUUUGGCCGUCUGCCGAAACUUCAGACGCUGAAUAUCAUCAAUAACCUCCUCAACGGCUCAAUCCCCGAGUUUUUCUCGAAUCUCACUGAGUUGACGUAUUUAGGAUUCGCCAUGAAUCCUUUCAAAGCCGGUCCGUUGCCUUCCUCAAUCGGACGGCUCACAAAGCUCCGGCAACUCUUUGCACGCAGCGCGAACCUCGCCGGAGCCAUUCCCGACUCCAUCGGGAACCUUGUGUCGCUGCAAAACCUAGACCUGUCUCAAAACGGCCUCACCGGAAAAAUUCCUGAUAGUAUUGGAGCACUAAAGAGCGUCGGUCAAAUAGAGCUUUACAGCAACCAACUCUCCGGUGAAUUACCGGACACAUUUUGGAAUCUCACUUCUCUGGUUCACAUUGACAUUUCUAUGAACAAGCUAACCGGAAGAAUACCGGAAAGCCUUGCCAGUUUACACAUCGAAUCGCUGCAUCUCAACGAUAACAACUUAGAAGGAGAAAUUCCGGUAAGCUUAUCUCUCAAUCCAAAUCUCAGCGACUUAAAGCUCUUCAACAACAGUUUGUCCGGAACACUACCGGAAAAUUUCGGUCUGAAUUCGGAAUUAAGCUUUUUCGAUGUUUCUGGAAACAAUUUAGAAGGUCCAUUGCCUCCGAAUCUGUGUGCCAAAAAGACGCUUCAGAGUUUGAUGGUUUUCAAUAACAGAUUCUCCGGAACCGUUCCCGUAUCUUACGGUGAGUGCAGUUCUCUGACGUACGCGCGUAUACAGAACAAUAAACUCUCCGGAACCCUCCCCGCCGGUUUCUGGGGAUCAACUCAUUACCAAUUAAUUGAACUCCAGAACAACGAAUUUGAAGGUCAGAUUCCUCCUUCAAUCUCCAAUGCUCGAAACAUAUCUCAAAUCCUUAUUUCUGGAAACAAAUUUUCCGGUGAGUUGCCGUCAGAAAUAUGCGAAUUGGAGACUCUUGUUAUUCUAGAUAUGAGCAGGAAUCAAAUUUCCGGUGCGUUGCCUUCGUGUAUAACGAAAUUGAAGAACCUACAGAAGCUGGAGCUUCAAGAGAAUGAGAUCGGAGGUGAAAUCCCCAAAUCAGUUAGGUCAUGGAAUGUAUUGAAUGAAUUGAAUUUAUCUUUCAAUCGGUUAACCGGAGAAAUUCCAAGUUCACUAGGGAACUUAAAGGUGUUAAAUUAUUUAGACCUCUCCAGCAAUAUGCUUACAGGGGAAAUUCCAAUGGCGUUGACCCAACUCAAGCUCAACAAGUUCAAUUUAUCUUACAAUAGGCUUGAAGGUAAAAUUCCCAGUGCAUUUGACAACAAGUUCUUCUAUUCAAGCUUAAUGGGGAACCCCGGUCUGUGUUCAUCGGAUCUUCAAGAUUUUCCUUCUUGCCGGAAAUCCAAACCUGUAAGUGUAUACCUGGUGGCGAUUUUAGCAUCGUGUGCAUUUAUCCUGGUUGUCUCGCUCCUCUGGCUCUUGAUCAAGACAAGAAAGUCAUCGGCAAGAAGGAAAAGAAACGGGCGUUCGUGGAGCAGUACAGCAUUCCAACCGGUGAGGCUCAGUGAAUCAGAUGUGCUGGCUUCUCUGAGCGACGAGAACGUCAUUGCUACAGGAGGGUCGGGCCGGGUUUUCAGAGUCCAGCUGAAAACCGGGCAGCUGGUUGCAGUCAAGAAACUCUGGGAGGCUAACCGGGAAAGAGAAUCCAAAGAGGUAUUCAAAUCGGAGGUUGAAACGUUGGGGAGAGUCCGCCAUGGGAAUAUAGUGAAGCUGCUGUAUAGCUGCAUUGGCGAAGAUUUCAGAAUACUGGUAUAUGAGUACAUGGAGAAUGGAAGCUUAGGAGACGUGUUACAUGGAGAGAAGGGCGGUGUGUUGCUGGAUUGGCCUAAGAGGUUCGACAUUGCAGUCGGGGCGGCUCAAGGACUAGCCUAUCUCCACCAUGAUUGCGUGCCUGCAAUCGUUCACAGGGAUGUUAAAUCUAACAACAUCUUGUUAGAUGGAGAGUUCAGGCCUAAGGUAGCUGAUUUUGGAUUGGCUAAGAUUCUUCGUCGGGAUAUUCCCAAGGGUGACCAAGUCAUGUCCCAUAUUGCUGGUUCCUAUGGUUACAUUGCACCAGAAUAUUCAUACACGUUGAAGAUUACAGAGAAGAGCGACGUGUAUAGCUUUGGCGUGGUAUUGUUGGAGCUGCUAUGUGGUAAAAGGCCAAUUGAUGACUUAUUUGGUGAAAACAAGGACAUAGUAAAGUGGGUUUCUGGAAUUGCAAUCUCAUCUAUGAAGCAAUGGGAUGGGAUUGUUGAUCUGAAUCAGGUUGUGGAUCCUAGGAUGAAUCAAUCUACAUGCGACUAUGAACAGAUGAAGAAGGUUUUUGAUGUUGCCCUUCUUUGUACAUCGGAAUUGCCGAUUCACAGGCCCUCCAUGAGAAAGGUGGUUGAAUUGCUAAAGAGAACCCCUGAGAGCCAUUCAUUGUCCUCAGAUAGAUAGCCACUUCUCCCCUGGUAACACAUUAUGGUUUCACCAUUUUUGUAGAUAUGUUGUUUGAUAGAAUGUCACUCAGAUCUUAUAGUGCACCCUUAGUCAUUUCAGAAUUUAGGAAUGAUAUCUUGCCAAGAUGCUGUCUUGGACAGGUACUUUUACCUGUAAUUAGGACAACAAUUGUACAUCACUAUUAAUGGAAAGUAAUAUUGUUCACCCUA